AUGCAUCUUCAAGGGGUGCCUGAUGAGAUAAUGUGUAGAGCCUUCCCUAGCACCCUUAAGGGUCCGGCGCGAGUUUGGUUCAGCAAAAUACCCCCAAAUUCGGUGAGUACUUUUGAAGAGUUGAGCAAGUUGUUUGUUAACAAUUUCAUUGGGGGACAAAGACACAAGCGUUCCUCGUCCAGUCUGUUGACAAUAGAGCAGGGAGAGAACGAGAGCCUUCAGUCAUUCAUCACCCAUUUUAACAGAGAAGCCCUUAGUGUGGAUGAAGCAGAUGAUAAGCUCCUACUGGCGGCCUUCCAUAAUGGGGUGAAUUCGGAUUUGUUUAUACACAAACUCUAUGAGAAAGAGCCUCAGUCCAUGGCCGAACUCGUUCAUUCGGCUCAGAAUUUUAUGAAUGCAAUAGACGCGAUCAUUGCUAAGAAGAGGAAGAGGUCUGAAAGAAUGGACGCAAAUCCCAGUCGCCAUCACGAGCAAGGUACUCGUCCAAAGAAGGGACGGACGGAGGAAAGGAGAGACCGAGAAAGUAAGAAGCCAGGCCCUUCAGUACGGAACCAGCAAUAUACCCCUCUAAACGCUCCACUUGAGCAAGUCCUUAUGCAAAUCAAGGAUGAUCCUUCCCUGAAAUGGCCGGAGAAAAUGAAGGGGGAUCCCAACAAGCGCAAUAGGAACAAGUAUUGUCGCUUCCAUAGGGAUCAUGGUCAUGACACAGACGAGUGUUUCGAUUUAAAGUAA